UUGCAAAGGUCACUAAAGUGCUGAUGGGACACAGUCCUGUCACCUGUCACCAGCUUUGGACGCACCCAUGUGCCCGGUUCAUUUGAAUAGCCAGAGUUCCUACAGUAAUUCUAUAAUCAUUCUGAAUCAUCUUUGGCUCACAUUGACUGCAACACUGUCGUCAACGAGAUCGGAAACACAAAACGGAUGAAAAUGAGCUGCUUCAGAUGUGUCAAAGUCACCAUGAUCAUUUUCAACAUGUUAAUAUUUCUCAGUGGCACCGCCCUGCUGGCCGUGGGGGUGUGGGUGACUGUAAACAAAGCGUCCUUCCUGAGCAUGCUGGGCCCCCUCUCUGCACAGGCCACGCAGUUUGCCAACAUUGGCGUCCUCUGCAUCGCUACCGGGUUGGUACUGUUCCUGCUUGGCUUCCUGGGCUGCUGCGGAGCCUAUGGAGAGAGCAAGUGCCUUAUUCUGAUGUUCUUCGUCGUUCUCCUGAUCAUUUCCAUCGCCGAAGUCGCGGGGGGAAUCGUCCUACUGGCCGAUUCUUCACUUGCCAAGAGCAUCCUGACAGAUUGGGCCGCCCCGGCACUAAAAACACAGUAUGGCACGGACCCGGAUGUCACGCAGAUAUGGAACGCGACCAUGACCGAGCUGAGCUGCUGCGGUGUUACCAAUUACACCGAUUUCACCAACUCCAGCUACGAGGUGCAGCAUGGUGGCAGCUACCCGCCCGCUUGCUGCGCGCCGGGCAGCGCCCAGUGCAAUCUGGCGGACGCUGAGGCGGGCAAAGUCGUGGGGUGUUUUGAAAAGCUACUAUCAGUCUUGAGGACAAACGUGGGCAUCGUCGGGGGAGUGGCAGUUGGUAUAUUUGCCAUUGAGCUGACCGCUAUGACUGCAUCCAUGUACUUAUAUUGUAAAAUUGACAAAGGCUUCAUCCACUGAAGAAUGGUCUUCCUCACAUCUGGAAAGUUGCAUGGUUUCCCAACAAUUUGCCCGGACUAUUCGUGUGUGGAAGUAAAAACCUUUCUGACUCCAAGUUACACUAAAGGCUUUCAUUUAUAUGCAAGCAUUCACCACUUCGAGAGCUGUGCAACAGCGCUUCCAGCUUCACGCUUAACUGUGGAAAGCUGCUUGUUUGUUCUUUUUACAUGCAUUAAUUAAUAAGCACUAUAUGCAUUCCAUGAUGUCUAAAUCUUCUUGUUAGUACUGAAAGAGGUAAACCUCGGACAGUGUGCGAACGUGCUGUGAUGCUGUUGACUCUUAUAAGACCGCUGCAUGCUGUAGCUGCCGGUUUAUAAGGCCGAGUGUGAAUCCCAAUUAUGCAUUAAAAUUCCGUCCACUGUCCAAGUCUAAUUUAUCAUUUGCCAGCCUCCGCAAAGCCCAUAAAAUGAGUUUUCACAGGCGGAAACAUGCUGUAAUAAGGUGAAAAUUAACAGGGAAUUUUCUCUCCCACCCCAACAUCAACCCAAACUGCCUUCCUAUCCGCGUUACCUGUCAGGCACCAAUUCAAAUAGGCCACUGAGAGGGACCGUGGACUAUUUUGCGUAAUGCAGGGUUUUCUGCACAGAUUACUUUGCCAAGGGUCACCUGUAUUAUCAUGAACUCUGCAUGGGGAUAAGAUUUAAAAUGUCAUUUAAUUGGCUGGGGUUACCGGGCUAGACUGCGCAUAUGCAAAACUGGGGUCUGUGCAGUAGUCAGUGCAUUCCUGCCUUCUACAUAACAAAACAUCAACUCUUGCGGGAUUGGCACGACAGCUAUCGUAAUACCUGAUUAUUCUGUAACAGAGACCAUAGGCAUUAUUGCAAUAGCUGACUGUGCUUUCUGUUAAUAAGGCUUUUAAAAAAGCGUUUUAAGUCCUGAAACAGCCCCAAUGAAAAGUCAGACCCUUCGUCUGUCUGUUAACGUUCAAAAUUAAUUUUGGUUUUUCACUGGCUGAAUUAAUACUUGUUCCAUUGUUACCAGAGCCCGGAUCUGUUAAAAGCUCUACAUUAAAAAACACCCUAAUUAAA